AUGAAAUCAUUUACGAUAUGUUUCCUAUGGUUUUUAACGCUGAUUCCUCUCAUUUGUGCGCAGUGGAUUAAACAAGAAGGGCUUUUAUUACCCAAUUCGUUUUUAGAGGUUGCCUCGGAAAAUGGUGAAGUAGACCCUAGCGAGCCGCCAGAUAUGCAUCUGGAUAUAUAUGACCGAGCUGAUCACGUUCUGUCGACUUCUCAAUCUUCAUCAACUGUAGUAUCAUCAUCUAGUGUCAUUGAACAGGAUCCUGUGACUACGACAAUGACAAUACCUACGUCUGGAGCUACCCCAAUAAUUGAUUCAACCCCGAUUAGGUUCACUAUCAAUCCUGGUGAUGUGCAUACCUACGAACUGUCGGGGAUUAAUCCUUCUGCAAAGGCUCUUUUCAUAUCUUUGAAUGUUUGUAAUGAGCCAUUUCAGUCUGUUCCUUUUGACCUGCCUCAAAACAAAACUCGUUUGACUUUGUUUGCUACUGACACUAAUAUGACAGAUGCUCCGAUGUCGCAGAUCGAGACAGAACUUGGAUAUGCAAGUAUCAUUCUUCGAGAUUUGCAAAGUUCUACGUCAGUAAUCGAAAUAGCUGGUCCUAAACUUCCGAGUGGUUUGAAAAGUAGCUCUUGGACUUAUGAAGUUAUUGCAUCCACGAAAGCACUACAAAGUGAUUUUUCAUUCACUUCAAAUCUCUAUCUCGUUGACACCGAUUUUGCAAAUGCCUUAUUUAUUACCAACAAUUUCACAACUAGUAACAAUGUUCCUACAGAAAAUAUUUCCGAUUUUGGAAUCUACGUUUACCAAUUUUCUAAUUCAUCUAAUGCUGGAGAUAUCAGAAGACUGUCACAAUCUUUCUGCGCUGUUAACACAGAAGGUGCCUUAAUUGACCAAGACAAUGCACAAAUGUCCAACACAACUCGUGGCUAUGGAAACACGAUGAAGGGUCAGAUUUUUGUGAGUGGUCUUAAUAAAUCGGAAACCUAUCUUGCAUUUCUCACAAAGCCUAGUGAGCGCUUGGUAUACCAAGCUGUAAAUUUUACAACAAAAUCUGAUACAAACUGCCAAGUUAUAUUUGAUCUUGAUUUUUGUUCAGGAGUAGCAUUUGCAGUGCCUGGAAAUGCCAGUGCUUUCACCACAGAGACUCUGCGAGAGUUCUAUGAUGAUAUGGCACUGAACAGAUAUGGAAAUUUCAGCAAGUCGCUGCAGAAUAUUCCUUGCAAUGCAAGUGCUGAAACCCAAUAUUCAAUAAUGAGAGGUUGUGAUGACUGUGCAAACUCCUAUAAACAGUGGCUUUGUGCAAUAACAAUACCUCGUUGCACAGAUUGGUCGAAUCAGCAAAGCUUCUUAUUCCCCCGUCCAGUGGGUCAAUCACGGAAUCCGGAGAUCAAUGAGGUCAUAAAGCCGGGAAAAUACAAGGAGAUACUACCUUGUGCCGACUUAUGUUAUAGCAUUGUUCAAGACUGCUCACCAGAUUUCGGAUUUUUCUGCCCCAAAGCAGGACGUGGAUUAGAGUUCUCGUACGGUCAGCGGAGUCCAAAUGGAGAUAUUAGUUGUAGUUAUCCAGGUGCUGCUUAUAUUCCCAGCACUGCUUCUACCGGUAGAACUAUAUCCAUGGAGUUGAUUCUAUUCGCUACCUUGCUGUGGAUUCUUUAA